CACCCCUUCAAGGAAAUAGGCGACGUUAUUGGAGUUUCGGUGAAGUUGCUUUAUUUUAUAGUCGCUUCCUCAUCAACCCCUGCAUUAUGUCUAAGAUCUACUUUGUGAACAUCAAUGUGAUUCCUCACAAGGAAGGGAUGGAUAUGGUGCUAUUUGUGUCAAAACUUGCAGGAUUGGUGCAAAAUUACUCCAACCACACGAAGAUACUUCACAAGUUCAAAGUAACUGGAGAGCCCCAGAUAGUAGCUAUCAUUGAGGUUGCUGAUGUUGUUGGACUAGAAAGGACAAUUGCAGGACUGUAUCGCCUUGGCAACGUGUGUGUGACGUGCAGCCCCAUCUACUGCUAUGAGGACUUUGCCAACUUCCUGGGAGCAGGUAACGUCACACUCCCGGGCCCAUUGCCAGACAGUGACCUCUACUGGCUUGAGUUUGACGUGGAAUAUACAGGUAAAACCCUGGAUCAGUUUAUGGAGAUGUGGAGGCAGGAAGCCGAAACAGCUAUGGGCCACAGAGCUGAUGGCAUGUGUAUCGCUCUCUACAAGGUGGUGUUUGAGAGGAAGGUGCAUGUGUUCUUGUGUGCCCCCAAUGUCAACAAGCUGGAUGAGAUGUCCUUCAGCUUGCCUAUCAUGGUGGGCAACGGGGAAAAUGUCCAUGUUAAGUGCAAGGCCAUCCAGAUGCUGGACAUCUUCAGACAGAAAGUUGUGGCCUAGUGGUGCUCCUUGCAGAGAUGCAACGUGUAACCAUAUAGAUAACAGUAUAUUAGUAGAAGACAAUGGAAUUUACUCAGAAAUUAAGUCAACUCUUGAAAUGAAAGCAAGCAUGAGGUUAACAGACAAUGAGGUGUGUUGUGUAUGAUUGCUCUCAGCCUAUGGCAUGCGUCAACUUGUGUCCUCUUCUUGACCAUACUUGAUGAGGAACUAGGUGUUUUGCAAAGUCAAGAUUGUCCUUUUAUAUUUUGUAUGUACAAUAUGUGUCAUCAUUAUUCAUGCAAGUUGUGAAAAUUCAUUAAGCUUGUAACCCACUUGUCACAUAAUCAUGUACAUGUAUGUAAUGUUCUUCACAAUUUGUGUGUACAGUUUCUGUGAUCAUUGUGUGAGUUGUGAGAAAAGUAUCUUUGUAUUCUUGUUGACUAUAUUAAGUAGGUCACAUAUACUGAGGGAAACAAAUAAAGGAAUACAGGAGAAUUCAAGCACUCCUUUAAUAUUUUUCAGUUAUUAUCACCUGCUUUGAAUAGCGCUGUGAGAGGAAAUCUGGGAAUAACUUCCAUGAAGUGGUGUUCCCUUAUUUGUUUCCCUCAGUAUAUAUACCUGCAGGCUAGGGAUAGUAGCCAGUUUGUGUUGUUUGUUGCAUGGAGCUGUAGCGGGUCUUGAAUUUUAAUAUCCCUGUAUGUAGAAUGUAUAUGUACCCUGAAAUAUACACAGAUUUCAACUUUUUGUCAAAUAUCACCAACAUGAUUUUCUUCAACAUUUACAAUCCACACUGAUUUGUGAUUAGAAAUGUCUCCUGUACAGAGAGUACCAGAUCAGAUCUGAUUGUUAUCAGAUGAGUGAGAAACAAAUGUGUUUCUAUAUAUUGAUAAUGUGUGUGAUAUAUUUCAUGAAAAUAUACAUCUUUGCAAUAAAACAAUAUCCCCAGAGAUAUUCAUGAUCUCUAGCGGUUUUA